CUGGCGUAAUCGUUGUAUCAUAAUCGAAUCGGAUAUGCGAAAUGUGCCUGUUAUCGCGAGAGAGAAUGAUUAUCCACAGCCUGAUAUCAUAGUCUCCGAGCUCCUUGGUUCAUUCGGCGACAACGAACUUAGUCCUGAAUGUCUGGACGGAGUGACAGACUUGCUGAAGUCCACAACAAUAAGUAUUCCUCAGACAUAUACCAGUUACAUAGCUCCUAUUAUGUCUUUGCAUAUGCAUCAACAAAUUCGUUUAUGCAGUGCAAGUUACUGGAACCGCGGCAUUCCCGGACAUGGGCGUAAUGGACCCACGCUGCAACCCGACGGUAGCUACCGACAGAUGUAUCCACAAGGUGAACAUUUUGCAAAUAUGGACCAAAUCUAUGUUGCUUACUUGCGGCAAUACUGCUUACUUGCCGAGCCAAAGCCGGUGUUCACUUUCAGUCAUCCGAACUUGUCGAAGAUCUCAAACGAACGGAACGCUAGUAUUGGUUUUACUGUGGAUCGGCCUUGUGACUUAAUGGGUUUCUCCGGUUACUUUCACAUGAACCUCUACAAGGACAUAAGCCUAUCGAUAGUGCCAUCGACAUACUCAAAAGGAAUGAUCAGUUGGUUUCCAGCAGUGAUUCCUUUGAGGGAGCUUGUUCGAGUACAACCCGGAGAUCAAGCAAGUCGUUGUAAAAUAGCGAGAUUUAAUUUUUUU